AGGCCGAGCAUCCUGAUCACCAUCACUUUUGCCUUGUUGACAAGUCGUCUUUUCCUCCUGCAACCAGCUGACAGCAGCUCCGAGAGGAAACGCUUCCCCACUUUGUGUCUCCUUGUUUGUCCCCGAUGGCACGGCCGCAGUAGGAACUGCUCCAGGAGACAUCGGGAUGGACCGAAGUCCACAGCCGGCCUCAUAACAGCCGACGUAGCCCGGCCCACUGUGAAGAGGGCGUAGUUACUGUCUGAUGGAGUCCAUGUGAUGAGUACGGAGAACAGCACACAGCGUCGUGUUCACAGGCUGCUGUCUCCACGGCAACCAGGAGACUGGGAGGUGACGUCAUGUCGACUGGUGUGUCGUCAGUUGUUGGGCAGCGGAGCUCAGGGAGUCAUUGUCACUAAUGAAGUGGCUGCUUCUUGAUGUCCUCCUUCACUUCCUGAUUCCAGCUGCACCCCCAUGACGCACACACACACACACACACACACACACACACACACACACUCUGAUCCUCUGACCAGUGGCUCUGGGUUGGGAAGGUCACGUGUUAUGUUUCCUUUUACUGAUUGUAUUCUUGUUCUUAUCACUUGGUUGGAAACACGUUUCACACACAAGCAAGUUUACUUCCACGAGCGGCUGAACAACACAAACAAAACGUGGGGCUGCAGGUUGGCGUCUGUGACUAAACACAGGUUGGGUAGAAGUAUCCUGGGAAUGAACGAGGUCACUAAAGUGGACGUGACUUUAGAGACGAAUGUCCCCACACUGUACCAGGUGGACCAGGAGAUUGCCAACGAGGCGGCGCCGAGCUCCCGCUUUCCACCGGCCCACUUGGCACGCUCACGGUCCCAGAAUGCACUGCGCACUGCCGUCCCAGCGGCUGUUGGCAUCACUGAAUACAAAGGAGUUCAGAAUGAAGAGAUCCUGAAGGAUGAGCUGCCGGUCCUUGGUGCCCCGGACACCAUGGAGAAGACUGCCAGCAGGUCUCGUUGUCUUGUGAAGCAGCUGGAAAGGGUGGAGGCAUCUGUGGUGGAGCUGAAGAGAAACCUGGACUACGCCGCCUCAGUCCUAGAAGCUCUGUGCAUUGAGGAAGCCAGGCGGCUGGUGGAUCCAGAGGACCAGCUGGGUGACAUCCGGUCGGACUCGGUGCCGUCAGAGGUUCGGGACUGGCUGGCUUCCACUUUCACCCGGCAGACGGUUGUGAUGCUGCGCCGUAACGAGGACAAGCCACGCUUCCGCAGCAUCGUUCAUGCAGUGCAGGCCGGCAUCUUUGUGGAGAGGGGGAAGAGUCGAUCAAAUCAACUCAAAGGAAGAGGCUCUUUUUUCUCCGCUGACGAGCCGGAGGGGAUCAUGAACGCACCAUAUAGAACCAGGAGUUUGAAUAUGUGUGUGCAUGUGGACAUGUGGUCUUUUGAUGUGUUUGCACUGAACGAUGCUAGUGGGGACCACGCUCUGAAAUUUGUCUUCUAUGAGCUAUUCACCAGAUAUGACUUGAUCAACCGUUUCAAGGUCCCUGUUUGUGUCCUCAUAUCCUUCGUGGACUCGUUGGAAGUGGGCUACAGCAAACACAAGAAUCCCUAUCACAACCUGACGCAUGCGGCUGAUGUCACACAGACCAUUCAUUACCUGCUCCUCAAGACCGGCAUGGUGCACUGGCUCAGUGAGUUGGAGAUCUUUGCCAUCAUUUUUGCAGCUGCCAUUCAUGACUACGAGCACACAGGGACCACCAAUAACUUCCAUAUUCAGACAAGGUCAGACACCGCCAUGUUGUACAAUGACCGAGCUGUUCUGGAGAACUACCACGUCAGUGCUGCAUGUCGCCUUCUACAGCACAGUGAUGACAUGAACAUUCUGUCUAAUCUCUCCAAAGACGAGUGGAGAGCGCUUCGGGCUCUGGUGGUGGAGAUGGUGUUGGCCACAGACAUGUCCUGCCACUUCCAGCAGAUCAACGGGAUGAAAAGCCACCUGCAGCAACAUGAGGCGCCCGACAAAGCAAAGGCCUCGUCCCUGCUACUGCACACUGCUGACAUCAGCCACCCUGCCAAACGCUGGGACCUCCAUCAUCGCUGGACCACAUCCCUUCUGGAGGAGUUCUUUGACUUCAUGGUGGAACCAACAUUUACAGUGCUGACAGAAAUGAUGGAGAAAACUGUGACUCCGCUUGUUGAGGAGGCAUCGCGAUCUGGAACGGCUGCCUUCAGACGCUGGAGUGACCACAGUGUCAGUGGCAGUGAUGGAAAGAGGUCCAGUGUGAAGAGUACAGGCUCAGAGGGCAGCUUCUCUCUGACCACGGUGGACUUCAAGGGCUUCAAGGUCACAUGGAACAAGGAGAUUCACCACAACACGGAGACGUGGAAGAACCAGGCAACCAAAGACCUGGAGGAAAAGGUCCAGAAGGAGGCAGGGGAGAGUGGCCGGCAAGAGAAGGACACAGCAGAGGAGACACAGCCAAAGAGACACAAUUCAGGGCAGGAGAUGAAGACAGAGGUGGAGGGUCAGGUGGUGUUGGAG